GUGGGAGCCUCUUUGUGGAUAUAGACCAGGAAAAGUCAACUCUGCUUCCAAUUGGGAGACCAAUACCUUCCAACAGAAUCACUUCGGUAUAGAGACACAGGAAAUCACUCAAGGCCGCAUUUUAACUUAAAAUCUACUUCAUACAUCACUCCCAAGAUGAGUGAGCAGGAGGUCACUUACUCAACUGUGAGAUUUAAAAAAUCUUCAGAAAUGCAGAACCAAGUGAGGCCUAAGGAGCCUCAAAGGCCCAGAGAAGCUGGCCACAGAGAGAGUUCAGUCCCCUGGCAGCUCAUUGUGAUAGCUCUUGGAAUCCUCUGUUCCCUUCUGCUGGUAACUGUUGCAGUAUUGUUGACAAAGAUUUUUCAGUAUAAUCACGAAAAACAUGCACUGCCGGAGGAAACUCUAAGCCCCAUCAAUAACUGCAGCACCAUGCAAAGUAAUAUCGAUUUAAAGGAGGAAAUGCUAAGAAAUAUGUCUAUAAACUGUAGUCAAGGCAAUGAUCUUCUUCAAUCUCUAAACAGAGAACAGACAAAAUGGUACAGUGAAACUAAGACUGUUUUACCUUCCUCUCAGCACACAGGCAAAAAUGUUGAAAUAUACUGGUUCUGCUAUGGUAUAAAAUGUUAUUAUUUCAUCCUGGACACAAAAGCAUGGAAUGGAUGUAAACAGACCUGCCAGGAUUCCAGCUUAUUCCUUCUGAAGAUAGAUGAUGAGGACGAACUGAAGUUCCUUCGGCUACAGUUUCUUUCAUACCAGUACUGGAUUGGAUUGUCAUAUAAUAAAACAGAAAAGGAAUGGUCAUGGAUUGACAAUGGCCAAUCUGAAUUAUCCUUGAACCUAAAGAAAUACAAUGUAAAGGAUGGAGACUGUAUGUUCUUAUCUAAAGCAAGACUAGAAAAUGCUAUGUGCUCCAACCCCUACCCAUGUAUUUGUCAGAAGAGACUGGAUAAGUUCCCUCAUUGACUCUCCAACAAGAGUUAAAGGAUUUAGUCUGCUGUGCAAACAGCGAGAUGAGCUGGAAGAGUGUGGGAAUGUUCUCUGGAAUCUGAUGUGGCAGAGCAGAGGCUUCUUCCAUCCUGGUGAAGACAGGACACAUUUUCUCUGGUGCACGGACAUGGUUUGCUUCAAAGUCUCCAGGACUCUGCACUUUCUGAUUUCUUAAACUCUUAUACAAUUAAAUCAAAUCCCAAUAACCAACCUGUAUAUUUCAUUAUGAUUAGAAUAAAUCCUGUUACUUGAAA